AUGGCACCCUCAUCAGAGACUCUACGCGGCAUUGCCGACCAGGCCGAGCGAGACUUAAACAGCUACGAGGCCAAGACCGGUGCCAACAGGGACUCCCGCAAUGACGAGGCUGGCGUAGACACAACAGCAGCGAAGAAGUUCCCCGGCGCCGACGUGCGUUACGACAAAGACCUAUCCACCAACGCCAGCUACAACAAGCGAAUUCCGCCCGAGGAAGGCGGAGACGUAGAUGCUCGCGGCCGACAAACCCGCGGGGAGCACUUCGAAGGCGCCGGCGGCCCCGAAGACAAAGUUGCGCGAGAAGCGCGGGACUUCGGCGGCAACGACGAGUUCAACGCAGCCGGCAGCGGGCGCCGCGAAGUCUGGUCGGACGUGCAGGAGGCAAACGUUGGAGCCAGGAAGGGCGAAGUGAUGACCCAGGGCAAGGAGGCCGCGCAGGCGAAUAUCGAGAGCACUGAGGAAAUGCCGCUCAAGGAACAAUUCAAGGGGGAGGACUACUAUACGCCUGAGGACGUGCCAGGCAGCAUUACGGCUGAGGAGAGGGAGCCUCCGGAAAGUGUGAUCCAAAGCUCGAGGGAGGCGGAGGGGUACGGGUGGGUACAUAGGAAGUGA